AUGUGUUGCCCGCUGAAGGCCGUCCACGCAGCGAGUUUUAGCCCGUGACUCGUGUUUUACGAUGACCGCAGGUUUCCCAACACUUUGUUGUUAGCUAACCCUGCUAAGCUAAAGCUGUGCAGCGCGAGCGAUCAUGGACUUUUUAUUUUCUGUCGCGGGCAGCGGCGCGAGAGUUGUCAGAGAGGCCAUUUCUCACAGACUCUGGUCCGGACCUGGACAGGAGUCCGUCCAAGAGUCCGUCGUGAUUCAGCAGGACCCCCCUGAAACAAGUCAGGACCGAGAGAACACCCACCACAGCAGGACAGAUACCGGCCAGAAGAAGACCCCAGAAAAGAAGGAUGGGAGGCGCUUAUCAUUCCAGAGACCCAAAGGAACCAUCGAAUAUUCUGUGGAAUCGCGAGACACGUUAAACAGCAUUUCGCUCAAGUUUGACACCACACCCAACGAGCUGGUUCAGCUGAACAAGUUGUUCUCCAGAGCAGUGGUGCCUGGCCAGGUUCUGUACGUUCCUGAUCCUGACUGGGUCUCCAGUGUUGGAAGCUCCCCCUCCCUCAGUCCCAUCAGCCCCCUGUCUCCCACAUCCUCCGAAGCAGAUUUAGAGAAGGUGACUGAUUCAGAUGCUCCCCCCAGACCAGACGGUGUUCACCCUCCGGUGUUCUCAGCCCUGCGCCAGACCAGAGGGGUAUCAUCCACCUCCGAGGAGGAAGAGGCCCUCACAGAGAAGUUCCUCAAAAUCAACUGCAAGUACAUCACUGACGGCAUGGGUGCAGUGAGCGGGGUGUUGUUAGUGACACCCAACAACAUCAUGUUUGACCCUCACCGCAUGGACCCCCUGGUGCAGGCCCAUGGAUGUGAGGAGUACGGCAUCAUGUGUCCUCUGGAGGAGGUGCAGUCUGCCGCCAUUUGCAAGGAAAUCACCGACCCUAAGAUCAGAGAGGCUGUCCCAGAUGACCUGGAGCCUCUGCCAGCUGAGAGGCACCCGUCCCAGCAGAAGGAUCCAGAACAUCGACUGAAGGAGCUGGGAGCUACUGACGGCAGCACCACUGCCCCACGCAGCGCCGGGGGCUCAAUAUCAGAGGAUGUCUUCACAGAAACGGAGCUGUCCCCCAUUCGAGAGGAGGAGCAAGCAUCCAACAAGGACCUCCAGCAGGACAAGUCCUCUGAUGAUUCUACAGAGUCUGUGCAAACCCUUACCCAGGUGGAGGUCACCAGCUCACAUGCCCCGGGCAGUGUCCACAGCUCCGUCAGCCAGCUGGAGGAGCCUGCUGCAGCAAAAACAGAGGACAAUACAACAGACACUGCCACAGUAAAUGAUAGCCAGUCAUCCCCCACGGGGUCAGAUCAGCCCAGUGGAGAGAAUCCCCCAAGCACACCCACUAACGCCACCAGCACCAGCAGCACUAGCCAGGCCCAGGAGCCCAACAGCAGCUGCACAUCUCGCCCAGGGUCUCUAAGCUCAACCACCGCCUCUGUGUCAGCUGCUCCACAGGAGGAUGCCAACCAGGAGACUGAUGUCUCUAAAACGGACACUAUGCAACAAGACAAUGAGGAGAAGGGGAAUACAGAGGAAACACAAAAGGACGACUUACAAAACUCUGCAGAGGUCACAGGGUCAGCUGAAAAGAGGAAGCAUCGCUCUCACAAGUUCCUGUGUCUGCGAGUGGGGAAACCCAUGAAGAAGACUUUUGUUUCCAACGCCAGUGCCUCCAUGCAGCAGUACGCCCAGCUGGGCAAGAAAAACGAGUACUGGUUUGCUGUCCCCCAAGAGAGAUCACACCAUCUGUACGUAUUUUUUAAGCAGUGGAGCCCAGACAUGUACGGCGAGGGGGUCAGAGGAAUGGAUGAAGAACCAGGGUUCAUGGUUGUCAAAAAACACGUGAUAUCAGAAACAUCUGAUGAUGAGCCCGUCACUGAGCUCAACGUCAAAGAAUGGGAGGUAGUGUCUCUGACGGAGUACCACCGUCGGAUUGAUGCGCUAAACAGUGAAGAUCUGCGCUCGCUCUGCAAACGACUCCAGAUUACCACCAAAGAAGAGGUGAACUCCAAGCAUGGCCUGUCCAUCAAAGCUGAACUGGAGCCUGAGACGUUCAAACCCAAUCUCAGAGAAACCAGUGAACUCCUGGAGGUCGAACAGAUAGAAAAGCUUGCCAGGCAUCUCCCACCACGGACAAUCGGGUACCCCUGGGCGCUGGCCUUUGGCACGUCAAAGCAUGGCAUGAGCAUUAAGACGCUGUACAGAGCCAUGCAGGGCCAGGACACCCCAGUCCUUCUGGUCAUUAAGGACAGUGAUGGACAGGUGUUUGGUGCUCUGGCAUCCGAGCCCUUUAAAGUCAGCGAAGGCUUUUAUGGCACAGGAGAGACUUUUCUGUUCACCUUCAAUCCAGAGUUUGAGGUUUACAAGUGGACAGGUGACAACAUGUUUUUCAUCAAAGGAGACACGGACUCUUUAGCGUUCGGUGGAGGAAGCGGGGAGUUCGGCCUGUGGCUGGACGGGGACCUUUACCACGGACGGAGUCACUCGUGUAAAACGUUUGGAAACCCCAUGCUUUCGAAAAAGGAGGACUUCUAUGUACAGGACAUCGAGAUCUGGGCUUUUGAAUAACACAUCGGUCCAACACAGGGAGAAACAAACUGUCCUGCGAAGGGCAAACCCUGGGGGUCCUCCUCCUUUAGAACAAUGGCAGCGCCCCGAACCUACCUGCACACCACCUGGGCUCCCCGUCUGGAAGCCGACUCUCGGAUGCUUGUUGUGCGUUACUACUGCAGUUAAUACGGAGCUUCGUUUUUUCUUUGUGGAAAAUUACCUUUGUGUGUAUCUUGUUACAGCCUUGUGCCGCCUCUUUGCAGUGUAGGGGGGAGUGUGAGGAGAAGUCGAGGUGUGUCACCGGGGUGAAAGGA